AUGAAGGGACAUGUUAUUCAUGUCAUUGAAUUCCACGAAAAUGUCAAAAGUUCAUUUGCUCCUGACAAUGCAACUGAUCACGGUGGUGAAAACAUUAAUGCAAUGGAAAUUGAGGCGAAGAGUGAUUGUAAAGAUGAUGUCGAAGAUACUGAACUUCACAACUUUUGUUACAACAAAACCAUUUUGAUGACAUUUAUGAGGCCGAUUAUGUUUUCCAUGAGGUGCUGUGGAUUAUUUUACAAUUUAAAACAUAAACGACAAAAGGAUGGAACCAUCAAAAGAAUGUUCUCAAAAUGGCAGUUAUACUCGCUAAUGAUUACCAUUGUAGUGACCUUGAAUUGUAUACGAUCGGUGUGUUUCUACUUUGGCAAAAACGAAAUGGACCAUCAUUUGUUCUUCAAGUUAACAAUGACUGUCUGGUGGGCGGAAUGUUCUGCAAAAUCUCUUAACCAUUUUGUCGCUUGUGCGUUCCCUACAAAAAUGCAAACUCUUUUUAAAGGAUUUGACACAAUCUUGAAGGGAGACACAACUGACGUUUAUAAAGCAAAGAUAGUGAAGCUUGCCAAAGUAACAACUUUCAAACUCUGGGCCUUUUGCUUUAUUAAUGUCCUUGGAGCUGCUGUGUGCCUGUACGGGCCACAUGAACUUCAAGAUUUAUUUAAUCUUGCAUUAUUACCAAUACCCAUCAAUCUUCCAGUAGCCAGUGACAUUUUCAAGGUCAUUAAUCUUAUAAUUCACUUCAUAAACUCCAUGGUAGCUAUAUUUCCUAUGGGACUGUAUGCUAUCGUUUGUACGAUCCUCUAUGAAGAGUUCAAAAUCCUUUACAAUGACUUCACUAAGGAGAUCAAAGACGAUGGUGACUUCGAUGGCAAUUUGGAACAAAUUCGCAUGCGUCAUCAACUACUAUGUAAGAUUGUAGAGAAUGCGGACAACGUGUUUUCGUUCUACAUCGCUGCAGUUUAUGCUACUAACCUCCCGCUUGCAUGCGUAGUGUUGUACAACCUGAUCUACCACCAGCUACACAUCUACCAGGUUCUUCUUAACUGUUUCUGGGUGUCGGUUGUCGUCACUCAAACAUCUGUUGUGUCUCUUUUGGGUGGUCUGGUCAAUAAAAUGGUAAGUUUCAAUCUUUCGAUCGCGACGGGGAGGGAAUGUUAUGAACAUUGUGUAUUUGCACGUUAG